AUGAAAGGAGCCUCUAUUAUAGAUGUGAGUGGGGGUGAGAGUGACGAAAAAUGUAUAGAUGUCCCAAUUCAGAAUUUGGAACGCGUUUCGAAGGAAUCUACAACAAAAUCAAAAUCACAAGAUACCAGUUCACAUAAUGAACACUCUCCUAACAUCACACGUGCAGGACGUUCCACUGAGAAGAAAACUGCAGGUGUUCGAGCCAGAUCUUCAUCUGGCUCGUACAGUGUUCGGUCUGUUUCGCCACGUCCCAAGAAUCACAUUUGCGACUUUCCCGGAUGUACUAAGGCGUAUUCCAGACCGUCUCUACUUGAACAACACAUGAGGAGUCACUAUGGGUACAGGCCAUUCAAGUGUGAGUUUGAAGGAUGCAACGAUUCUUUUACAAGAAAAGACCACUUGGCGAGACAUAUGCUCAAGCACACCGAAGAGAAGGAUAAACCAUUUCACUGCACGGUUUGUGGCAAAGGAGUCAAUUCAAUGCAGCAUUUGAAAAGACACGAAAAAACCCACUUUAAGUCUUUCCAUUGUACAUUUGAAGGAUGCAAUGAAUCUUUCCACAAACAUCAAUCAUUGAAGGCGCAUAUAAGAUCAGUUCAUGAACAAAAUUCAUCGAACAAAUGUGAAAUUUGUGGUAAGCAGUUUAGUAGGCCUGGUAGGUUGGCUGAUCAUAUGGACAAACAUCAUUCGGACUCUUCCAAACUAAUCUGCGAUUUUCCUAAUUGUUACAAAACGUUUCGAAUGUGGUCAGCCUUACAGUUGCAUAUAAAAACAGAGCAUCCUAAAUUGGAAUGUGACAUCUGUGGGAAGAAAUGUAUUGGAUCCUCAGGUUUGGCCAACCAUAUGAAGAUGCAUGUCGAUGACAGCCUUAUAAAGCUUUGGAAUUGCAUGGAAUGUGGCGAGAAAUUUCAUAAGAAGGAACACGCUGUGAGACAUUAUGCAGAGAAGCAUCCGUUGAUAGAACUACCAGAGGCGUUAAGAUAUGAACCCAGGUUGGAGGUUAAGACGAAACAUAAACAAUCUGUACAAGAAAUUGAAUAUUUUAUGAAGAAAAAGGAAGAGGAGAAAAAGGCCAAAAGGAGAAGGAUUGAGCCGGAUGAUGAGCAUAAUACUGAUGUUGCUAACGAUUGUGAUUAUGAUACCAAUGGAAAGUGUGUCAAGGGAAGCCACGUUAACAAAGAAGAUCUCAAAAAAGAAAACACCUUUAAUCUUUCAGACUGCGGGAUGUUUGUAGCAAAACCGACUAUCAAUAACUUCAAAAAGCAUCAGAAAAACAAAGCCAACACAUCUUUUGAUGUACUGGAUCUUCUCGUUGAUAAUGUAGAUCAGCGUCUCAGUUGCCCAUAUUCUAACUGCCACAGACUUUUUAGAAAACAAUACGAUCUUGAUAGGCAUCUGGCAUGGCAUCAACGUCAAGAUAAACUUUUGGAUCAAAAGGUUGAAUUGGUUCUUACAGAAAUAGAGCAGGCAGAGCACAACGCCGAUUGA